CCCCUAACGUUUAUUUCGAUUUACGUUCAUGCCACAGUUAUUGCUCUUCUCUGUAUAAAACCCCAAAGGGUUGUCAUGUCACUUGGACGAAAUGGGUUUCAUCCGGACGCUAUCCCAAAACCGUUACCUUAUUUCAGCUUCACUGUGCAAAGAAAUUCUACUAUCUUUUCUGCUUGUCAACUGUUGAAGUUAGAGGAUUUCUGGGUCUCUGGAGUUUUUUUUUUUCCUUGUUUUCUUUUCUCGAUAGAAGAAUUUGUUGUUUCUUAUGAGCGAUUUUGCCAUUUCCAAGGGGUUCUUAUGCUUAAUUCUGCAAAGAAACUAGCAAAACUCAAGUAUGUAAUGCCUUUCUUGAAUUUUAGUAAGCUGCUUGACAGUUUGUUUAGUUUAAUUUGUAGUGUGUUAUUAUUUUGAGAAGCCAAAAAGGAUGGGAUUUUGUACAUGUUAUUCUUAAUGAGCAAUUCAAUGGUGUUGUGCCAGAGUUUAGUCAUUAUUGAUCAAAACCCACUUAGGAAUUCUUUAUCUUCUCUUGCGUCACCCAAUUGUUUGCUCCAAUUGAGUAGAGCAAGGAGGGGAUUUUGUGAGAUAGUACCAAAUGCAAGGAAGAAUAACAAACGUAACUCAAAGAAAAGAAGUUGGUGGCAGAGGUUCUUUUUUGAUGAUGAUGGCAAUUGGCUUGGUUUAAAAGAUGAUGAUAUGCUGGAGGAUGAAUUGUUAGAAAGUUCAAGUGAUGAAGAGCUGUCGGAGGAGCAGAAGUUUGAGGCAUGGAAGAGGAGAGCUGAGGCCAUUGUGGAGUUGAGGGAAGCACAAGAAGACAUGUUGAAUGAGGAGAGUAGGAGGUGGGAGGAUUGGAUUGUGGACGAUAGUAAUAAUCAUAAUGUGAAUGGUUCUUGGUGGAGUCAAGAGUUGGAUGGCAAUGGUGCAGCAGAGGAUGUGCGGUCUGAUCCCAGUGACCUCGUUCCAGAGAAAGGGUUUGUUGAGUCAGUUAGAGAUUUGGUUCUUGGUAGGGAAGAAGAGGAUUUGCUCUAUGAAGACCGUGUCUUCAGAUAUGCCUCCUCAAAUUCGGCUAAAUUUCUGGCAGUAUUAAUAUUAAUUCCUUGGGCUCUGGACUUUGCUGUUCAUGAUUAUGUUCUCAUGCCCUUUCUUGACAGGUAUGUGAAGACUGUACCACUUGCAGCACAGAUGCUUGAUGUGAGAAGGAAUCAAAAGCUUGAAAUGGUUAAGGAACUAAACACAGAGCGAGCAAGAUUGCGGCUUGAAGUAGAGAUUGGCAAAUCUCCACCUCUUUCUGAUGAGGAGGUCUGGUGGGAGUUACGGCACAAAGCGUUGAUGCUACGGGAUGAGUGGAGGUUAGAAAACCGUAGAGCAUUUGCCAACAUAUGGUCAGAUAUGGUAUUUGGGAUCUCAUUGUUCAUUCUUUUGUACUUCAAUCAGAGUAAAGUAGCUUUGCUGAAAUUUACUGGAUAUAAGAUAAUAAAUAAUAUUUCAGACACUGGGAAGGCAUUUCUCAUUAUACUUGUUACAGACAUUUUCUUAGGGUAUCAUUCUGAAUCUGGUUGGCAGACCUUGUUGGAAGUAAUUGUUGAACACUACGGGCUUGAAGUUGAUCAGUCUGCUAUUACUAUUUUUAUCAGCCUGGUUCCGGUUGUUAUUGACGCAUGCGUAAAGCUUUGGUUGUUUAAAUUCCUUCCAAGAUUAUCUCCGAAGGUGGCAAACAUCUUUCGUGAAAUGAAGCGUCACUAGCACUCUUCUUCUGUUAUUCAGCAGCGCUCCAUUACUUCUCUUUACGAUGUUUCUCCUCCUCCGUCCUGAGAGAGCAUUGUAUGGAGCUUGACAUCUGGGCUAAAUGGCAAUGGGUUUGAUUGAAAUUGAAAACAAAGUGCCUGUGUUAUACUUUGAAGCAUUUGGAGAAAACCAAAUAAGUGUACAGGAGCUAGACUUGGUUUUGAUGGGUUUUUAUUAUUGAGAUUAUUAUACAAGAUAAGGGUGGAUAUAAGUAGGAAUGGGCAGCUUUGGUUUUGGUUCGAGAUCUGCGUAGGAAUUAAAAUUAAAUCAAAAUUUUAAUAUAAUUUGAGUUCAAUUUC